AUACCUAAGCAAUGUUCAACGAACAUUUCAUGCAAAUCGGUGCAGCUGUUUCGGAGGAGUUUGAAAACAAACACCGCGACAGUAGAAUUUUAUAUAAUCAUGUAUAGAUAACAAAGGACUACAUUGUUUUACUUACCUUUGCUAGUGUUGUUUUAAAAGCAUAAUACAAAAAUCCACCUAUUUUAAUCGAACUCAUAUUUUACGAGUUCAAGCAAUUCCGUACACACAUGAUUGAUGUAUAAUUUGUUCUCUCUUGUAGCAUCCUCACUGGUGAAGCGUUAUCGGAAACAGAACCGGGAAAGGAAACCGCGUCAAGCGUACAGCGCGAUGCAGCUCGAACGUCUCGAGGACGAGUUCCAGCGUAACAUCUACCUGAACGUAAACAAGCGCUUCGAGUUGGCGCAAUGUCUCGGGCUUACCGAAACCCAGAUCAAAACCUGGUUCCAGAACCGGCGCACCAAGUUUAAGAAGCAGCAAGACUCACGCAACAAGCGCGAACAGCGACAGCAGGCACAGCUGAUCGCACAAUGGUUGUUUCAGCCACAGCAAGUCGGUACGAUUCCGCUGGACGGUCAGUUUCAACCGCUGGCCCGGUUGCCCGUGCUUCCCGCACACCGGUCAUCCCUGGCGCUCGCACAAAGUACGCUCCAGUCGGCACUGAUGGCACCGUACCAUCUGUUACCUCCUGCCGCACCAUUGACGGUACCGUUGCAACAGUCGCAACAGCAGCGUGCCCUGGAGAAAGGAUCUCGCAUUGUUGCACCGGUCUAUACGGUGCGCUCACCAAACGGUGCACCAGUGUAUCCCUCCCGAGUGCCAUUUGCAACAUGCAUGGUACCGUUGGGUACCGCUAACGGUAAGGAACCGGGUGAAAUAUCUGCCAAAGGUUCACCGGAAACGAUAGCGCCGGAUGAGAAGGAUAGCGUGCAAUGCUAGUUGAAUCGAUCAAUUUGUUUUAUCGCCAAACUAGUAAAAUGGUACCCAGUA